GCCUGUGUGUGCAACCGGUGGGACUGUCCUUCUUUUACGUGCACUCAUCAUCCACAUCUAUCUGUGAUUGGCCGACUCGACAACAACCACUCCCUGCUCCCUCGUAUCAAACCGUACGACUGUACUGGUAGCGUGUACGUGAGUACUGUAAUGUACUCCAGUACCAGUACGGUGUACGGUACAGUAGAAGACGGCUAAGUGUGCGCAUGCAAGCCUUUGUUCCUCCCGCUUCUGGGAGCGCUGUCGCUGCCAAAUGCGUUUCGAUCUCUAAAUCUCGGAAAGGCGCCCUAAGUAAUGAUUCGCCAAAUUACAGCUCAUCUAAGUAAUGGACGUUUCGGCUCUCUGGGAGCUGCCUCCAACUCCCAUUCCAAAGCAACGGCGAAGAUGCCAGAGCCAAAAUCAAGAGCUCCCUCAGCUAAGAUGCUCAAGCGUCAAGUAGAUUGCACAUGGGAGGCUUUGCCCUACUCACACGGAAUUGAGACUCUCUCUCUCUCUCUCUCUCUGAGCUAGCGUGCCACACUGCAAAAGGCAACGGUUCCAACUCAAAAGAGACGAAGGUUCUUCGAGUGGAGACUGUCGUCGACAUCGGAGUGGUCUACAAUCAGGACCAGUCCGACCGUCAGGAGACUACUCAAUACAUUUAGGCUUGCUCUCUCGGUAGAGACUGAAACGGGGGAUUCUGUGGUUUUGUUGAUUGGCUAGCUAGCUGUAGGCAGACCAAGCCAUGAGCGAUCGAGCUCCUCCUAAUGGCGCAACUGCCGCCACCAAGAGCAGCAGCGGGAACGAUUCGAAGGCAGCAGACGACUUGUCCAUCUUGGCACAAAUGGAUAGUCGAGAGCUGUUGAUGAACGAUAAGCUCUUUCAUUCGUUACCUCUCGAUGAAAUGAUACGAAAGAGCGACCCGGAAGAAAUCGAUCGCUUGUUCAUGGGGCACAUGAAGCAGUAUCUGUGGAAGUCGCUCCAACCAGGGUCGCAGGAGCGUCAGCCUCUUACACCUUCUACGGUCGCAAGUACAAUCACCUCUAGGCGGGAUAGAGUCAAAUAUCGGUUGGGGCCAUCGGCCAGAUUCAACAAAAGUCACCGGAUGGGGAAGAAUCAGCUGGUAAUCCAGGGGGCGGCCACGGCAGCAACGGCGUCGAUGACAACUGCCGGCAGUGCCAAAUCAUCUCAAGUAGCAGGCAAGCGCAAUCAACAAGUCGAGGGAAUUAGGGAAGGUCGUCAGGAAGAACAAUCCUCUCCUCCACCAAACAAGGGAAUAAAGUCGACCGCAAUCAGUGAAACAGAGGAAACUCGACAGGCUGCUUCCCCUCCCGUCUCCUUUCGUGGAGGUAUUGUGUCGUCGUCUAAUACCCCGACGCAAAAGGAAGAUACACGCACUACUAGCGAAAACAAGGGCAACAAAGCUGCAGCAGCUAGCGAUGCCAGCGACGCAGCUGACCAUGUUCCCCUGGAAUCGGUCGUAGCGACGGUAGAAGAAAGCUUUGCUUCCAGGUUUGAUGCCCUGCAACAGAGUAUUGACGGUCUGCCAACUGGAAACGGCAGGCCGCCCAACGUUGACGUUCAACAAACGAACGAGGACGAUGGACGCGUGUCGCCGAGAAAGCUGAAAGCUAUUACGGAAGCCAUGGAGUCCCAUUUUGCCCCAAGAUUUGAUGCCAUAGAAGGGUCGCUCUCCAGCAUCCAGCAGACACUGGCUCUCUUGGCCAACAACAUGAUUCAGGCGCAACAACCUCGUCAGCCGACGUUUCAGCAUCAGUUUCAGCAGCCGCAGUUUCAGCAACAUACUCGAACGUCAAGUCAGCAACAUAUUCGGACUCCAAAUCAGCAACCCACGAAGCCGUCCUUUCCGCCACCCACGAAUCCAUUCAUGCAACAAAACUCUCAGCAUGGUUCGCCUGCUGCUCCCAAUACACCGAAAGGACCAAGAACGGGUGAGUCCUCGGGAGAUGGUUGGUUUAGCCAGCUCCGUACUCCCAUGAAUUCAAAGCUGAUACGUAGCAAUGAGCAGCAUUCAUCGGUUCCACCUGACCGAGCGCUGGGACGCCAAUCAAAGACUUUGUCAGCGACUGUCCACAGGGAAGAGGCGGCAUUUGAUGAGCUGAUAGCAGAUGAAAAAGAACGAACAGCAGGGAGACCCUACGACUCGGUCGAACCCCAGCGAACGAAAAAACGUGCGCCAUCAGAGGACGCGGUAACAGCACUGGAACUGAAACCACACAACAGCAAAGAGAAACGCAAAGAGCGGACAAGGAUUCGAAGCGGAGACAAUGACAGCACGGAGAAACCAUCAGCGCCAGAAAGAGGGACUGGGAACAAACGAAGCAGCAAGUUUGCAUUUGACACGAUGAAGGAUGAAACGCCUAAUAGUGACAUACCCAUGGUGUUAUCACCUAGGGCUGCCGAUGACAUUGAUGUGCGUCACGAGGAGGACGAGAUUCCAACAACCCCGAAAUCUCAAGUGGAAAUGCCUCGUCGUUACCCAAAAGAGUUGAAGGCAACACCCAACAUUAUUUCCAGAGCCAAGCUCAUCAUGUCAAGGACAACCAAGACACCAUCUCCGAAAGACACUUCAGAUACUUUUUCAUUCAUCAAGAGACGGUCGAUGAGACGGUCCAACACACCCAUCAAGGACCGGAAACGCACCAAUUCCAAGGAUACACACAGCGUCGUUAAACACGGCUUGAACGAAACAGAGGGAUUGACAUCGAAAAAGACCGACGAAGAAUCCGAAGCGUAUCCUACACGAGCGCUCACAGCAAAAUCGCAGCCAAAGGAAGGCAAUGACGAUCAACCCCAGCAGCCCCUUAAUCUGAAACAGGACCACCUCGAAUGGAACUUUGAUGACUCUGGCGGCAGCCCCUUGCGUCAUCGGCGGGUGCAUGGUUUACCGAAGCUGAAGGAUGAUACAGAAACAAAAACACCGACUACUCCUUGCGCACAAAGCGAUAUCGUUAGACACAACGGUAGUUCUGCUGCCCAUUGGCAGAGAGUUGCCCCUGUCCAGCCACUCGACCUAGAACGUGAUAGUGCUGACGAUGCAGAUUCUCCAUUGCGACCUAGGAGAUUGCAGUACCGGCCCGCCGGUACACCAUUCCACAAGAGUCAGAGCUGGGAUGACGCGACUAAUGCAUCCAACCUUCGUACGAGCACCGAAGAGCAGAAGGAUAAUUUGUCAAAAUUCUCUGCACCUUUACGUCCAACGACUUCAGAUGAUGUGCCUCGGCGCCCAGAAAGACAGCAUCAUGCACUUUCUUCGGCUGAUUCACCGCCUUCUUCGGCAGACCACCGUGGUAACCACAAACGCAAGACAGUUACGAUUUCUCCUGCCCCUCCUACGCACAUCCCUCCUCCCCUUUUUGACGAGAAUCCACGAGGGCCACGCAAGAAGCCUUCGAUUAUGCUCAAUGAAAAUGAGUAUCCCUUUCGGGACACAUCAACUCCAACAUCGAUUCCUCGAAUAAAGGAGCCGGCAGUCCGAAGGCGUGCCCAUAUUCCUCGAUUUGGUGAGUCCCCAUCAAGUGAGGCUCCGAUGCGCAGCAAGAGGAAUCGGGAACGAAAUGGCUUGGAUGCUAGCAAACCUCCCGAGACAAAAGAACAGAAUGGGGCCAAGCACGAUAAACACGAAAAGACUGAACUCGAAGAUACAAAGAAUGUUCAUCCUACAGAGAAGAAAAUACACACUCAGUCAUCACAAGCGAAAGGUUGCCUCAAGAACAGCAAGCAUAGCAAAUCCUCCUCGUUGAAGGAUAUACCUACAUCUAUUUCUUUGUUGGGAGGUGGAUUAACUACGCUUAAUUCGUCACCAUUGCCUGGUAUGCUGGCACCAGCAACUCCUUCAACCCUUGGACAUCAAGAAAUCGAUGAGACUUUCCAUCAAACCCCACUCAUUGACUGCUCCCCGUCGCGCAACAAUGGACGGUUGCUUGGUGCAACUGCAUGGACCAUUCAGACCUGGUCAAGUCCGAUGGCGGGCAACAAGCGUGUCCCCGCCAGAGAAGCGCAGGAGGCAUGUACGUCGCCACAAAAUAAAGAUGCUUCAUCUCAGUCGUCAUCCCAUCCAAGCGAUGAGGAAGACGAACUCAUGGCGAUUGAGUCACCAAGUCACGUUGUUCGUUUAAUCAAAAAGCUCCCCCGUGUGCGGAAGAUAAAGGAUGCAAAGACGUCGGAGCCCGACCUAGAGUCUAUUGGCCAGGACAGUUACCACAAAACCUCCGUGGCUUCUUCAAAGUCAUAUUUGACCGACGAAUGGCCCGAAGUAGACGCAAGUCCAACUGAUGAAACUCCAAUAAGUCUGUCAAAUUUGAUCAAAUCUCUUGCAGAAGAAGAAGCAAGGAUGUCACGGACGAGACUCGAAAACUUGAAGAGAGAACACGGCUUAAAACUGACAGGGACGAACAGCGAGACAACCGUGUCCGACAUCUCGGGCAUAUAUCAGACAGUACAGUCCUUGCCGGAGUACCUCGGCCCACAGAGAUCUCUCCAGAACCGCUCUUACACAUUCCCAGUUCCGUGCCCGAAAGUAGACGAGAAUAUGAUGAGCUUGUUGAAAGUGUUGCCAUCGUCCGAGGAGAGCGAAACGGAAGAGACGACCAACAAAGCAAGAGAUUCAGGAGACUCAAAGGAGUACGCCUCUCCCGCAAACAGCAUUCUGGAUACGGGCAACGACGACGGCGGGAAAGCCUUGUCGUGUUACCCACAACCAUCAUCGCAGACGAAAACUACUGAAGGCGCUCCCGAAGAGCAAAAACGUGAAUCACCGAAAGAAGAGAAGGCCCGGAGAUCGCCCCCUGUACACCUCAAAGACGGCGCCAGAAGAGAGCGAACCUCUCCUCCUCGCGAGCAUCCUUCCGAAAUCUUGGUCGUCGAGGAAGACGAUUAUCUGUCCCCCAGUGGGGUCUCCACGGUGUCUUAUUCGGUGUCAACUACUCGCACUGAUCACGAGACGGCUUUGACCACAAGACACCAGUUGGUGCCUUCUACAUCAAACUCACAAGGAGACAUGGACUGCUGCAGCCCAUCCAGUACACUGAAACUGCUCACAGCUGGUAACCACUUUAUUCAAAUCCCAAGAAAGGCAUCGUUGAAGAAGCAAGGCGACCCAUCAAGGGGCUCUGUUGUUUGGUCAAACCCCGGCCACAAGCCAGUAUCGCAUCUAGUUGCCAAACAACCAGAUGAGAGGCUGCUUCUUCCUACCCUCGACACAUUCCCUCAGAAUAAUCCAGCCUUUGCCAUCAUUGCUCAAAAGAUUGCCGAGGCGGAAGCUGCCCUCAAAGCCGAGUUAGCUCGGGAAAACGCUGCAAAGCGUAAGAAAGCGAUAGGUCACUAUACGUUUGAUCAGGACACCACUAACAACGACGACGACGAUGACUCGGAUGACGAUGAGGAACUCAGUGGUUUGGCCGACUUGAAGAAAGAUAUGGAGAUAUAUAUCCCAACUGGUCCACGACCGAAGCAGAUCACCUUCACACCUGCAAAUGUGAUCAGGUCCUUAAGUCCGGGCCCGACGACAACCAUUCUAACGGACAGCGGCGAAAGGUACAUUGAAUUAGUUCACAUGGGAAAGGCUGCCUUGUUUGAUAAUCCUACGUCCCCUGCGGCUAGUUCUGUAUCUGGUGCGAGCUCGAGUCUGGAGAGCAACACGGCUACUUCGAAUCUCCGACGAGGACGCUCUUACGAAACAAAAUCAACCAAAACCUCUUUCCUCGAACGAUUCCAAGCUAGGACAGAAAAGAAGGGGGGGCGACCUCAGCAGCACAGAAAGCAGAAGUCCGCAAAGAAAGGGAAGAAGGUAAACAAGAAGAAACCGAAGAAGCACGUCAUCAGCCCAGUGCCGGAACAAAAGGAUCCUUCUUCUGGUGUAUCAGAUGUCAACAGCAGUCCCCCCAAUAGCAGCGUGAGCAUUGGCUUGAUCUUGAUGGACGAUGUCCAACAAUUCGAGCAGUUUGAGAACACGGAGCAGGAGGCCGCCCAGAUCAUCGAAAUUGUGGAACGGUAUUAUCACUAUCACACUCGGUACAAUGCUGGCAACCCAGAUCACUUUGUAAUGCCCCUGUCAGAGAGGAAAAAGCAACCGCUGGAUCAGUUAUUGGGCUGGACAAUGGUUGCCUUUGAGGAGAUUGAAAGAGACUUCCUAACCUCUUUUCACAACAAGGCGAAGGAGGACGGACAGAUGAAAACAGGGGCCAUGUUCGGAGAAGAGAGUUCUCAGGAACGUGAUGCGAAUCCUACAUGCAAAGUGGAUGCAAAAGAGAAAAGCACCCGCCGUGCGGUCCCAAAGGCCGGUGAUGAUGGAGGCAAUGACGGGGACGACGAGAAGAGCAAAGGCAGGCACAAAAAGUCAACCGAUCCGCUGGAACGUGUCGGGAUCUUCAAUUUGGAUGACUUGGAUAGCAGCAGUUCCAAUAUGAGCGACGAUUCCACGUUUGACGACGACGAUGAGGAUGAUAGCGGGUCGUCGUCGAGCCUUUUUAGUGAUGACGAUGAUGAUGGUGACGACACGGAUCACAAAACGAGAAGUACACUGUCAGAGUGAAACGUCCUCCAAGAAUUGUAAACGACGAGGGCGAACACAUGGAAACGUAUCAUACUGUAACAUAUAGCUAUCUUUCACUGGGGUU